AUGAUCAACAACUCAAGCACUCGACUGACAAAAGUCAUCAAGGAUGUUAUACUGGCCGGGAUAGAAGGAUACAAUUUCACCGAUUUCACGCAGUUUUUGGUGGAAGUGGCAUCGGUGUCAACCGUAUUGGGAAUUUUCACCACGCUCUCUGCUUUCUUUCAGAUUCAUAUCAAAUCCCACACUGGCAUACGACCUUUCCAUUGUUCCACAUGUCAGAAAUCAUUUCGGUAUUCAAGUACAUUGAAGAACCACAUUCGACUACAUUCAGAGAAGCCCUACAAAUGUCAGCUUUGCAAAGAAGUUUUCUUGCGUCAUGAUUCUCUCGUUCGGCAUGAAUUUCGCCACACUGGUGAAAAACCUUUUGAGUGUGACAUUUGCAAGGCUACAUUUGCAUUUAAGGACUACCUUCAAUGCCACAUGCGCAAGCACUUGGGUACUAAAGCAGUGAGUUGUCCAACCUGUGGAAGGGAAUGUUGUGAUUACAACAGUUUGAGACGGCACUUAGCAACCCAUACAGGUGAUAAGCCCUACAAAUGUGACAUAUGUGACAUGAAAUUCAGGUUAAACUCAACCUGCAGAAGACACUGGCAACGAAUGCAUUCUGGGACCAAACCACACAAGUGCCCAAUAUGUUCAAAGGCAUUUGCCACCAAGAACGAUGUCACAAAACACAUGCGAUCACACACUGGAGAAAGACCAUACAUUUGCAGCUACUCACAGUGUGGCAAAUGCUACACAAGUAAAAAUUCUUUAAAGCAACACCUGCUUGUUCACACUGGAGAAAAGCCAUUCUCCUGUGACACAUGUGGAAUGAGUUUCCGCUAUAGACGAACUAUGAAAGAUCAUUGCUUAGUGCACACUAAUGACCCACAAAACAAAUGUCCAACUUGUAACAAAGGUUUUUCAACACUGUCACGCCUGAAACGUCAUCAGCUUAUCCACACAGGAGAACGACCUUUCCCCUGUCCAUAUUGUGGACGAAGAUAUAACCAACGCAGUAAUGUCACAUUACACCUUAAGAAAAAUUGGUGCCGUAAGGCGCCAAACAGGCAGGAGAAGAAGAAAAUUACAAGGAAAAGGAAAAACAAAGCAAGGGAAAACAAGGAAGAAACUGUAGAGUGUGAUGUUGAGUUGGUAACAGAAACAAUUGUUGAGUGUGGAGAUGAUAUGACAUCUAAAUUGUCCUCAAACACAUUUGUUAUUGAAGAGUGUGUCAGUGGAGCAUUAACAUCCAUUCUGAACAUUUUAGCUGUUGACCAGUACAAACUUUCUUUUUGCUUACAUCUAGGUGAUAAGCCCUACAAAUGUGACAUAUGUGACAUGAAAUUCAGGUUAAACUCAACCUGCAGAAGACACUGGCAACGAAUGCAUUCUGGGACCAAACCACACAAGUGCCCAAUAUGUUCAAAGGCAUUUGCCACCAAGAACGAUGUCACAAAACACAUGCGAUCACACACUGGAGAAAGACCAUACAUUUGCAGCUACUCACAGUGUGGCAAAUGCUACACAAGUAAAAAUUCUUUAAAGCAACACCUGCUUGUUCACACUGGAGAAAAGCCAUUCUCCUGUGACACAUGUGGAAUGAGUUUCCGCUAUAGACGAACUAUGAAAGAUCAUUGCUUAGUGCACACUAAUGACCCACAAAACAAGAACAUUUUAGCUGUUGACCAGUACAAACUUUCUUUUUGCUUACAUCUAGGUGAUAAGCCCUACAAAUGUGACAUAUGUGACAUGAAAUUCAGGUUAAACUCAACCUGCAGAAGACACUGGCAACGAAUGCAUUCUGGGACCAAACCACACAAGUGCCCAAUAUGUUCAAAGGCAUUUGCCACCAAGAACGAUGUCACAAAACACAUGCGAUCACACACUGGAGAAAGACCAUACAUUUGCAGCUACUCACAGUGUGGCAAAUGCUACACAAGUAAAAAUUCUUUAAAGCAACACCUGCUUGUUCACACUGGAGAAAAGCCAUUCUCCUGUGACACAUGUGGAAUGAGUUUCCGCUAUAGACGAACUAUGAAAGAUCAUUGCUUAGUGCACACUAAUGACCCACAAAACAAAUGUCCAACUUGUAACAAAGGUUUUUCAACACUGUCACGCCUGAAACGUCAUCAGCUUAUCCACACAGGAGAACGACCUUUCCCCUGUCCAUAUUGUGGACGAAGAUAUAACCAACGCAGUAAUGUCACAUUACACCUUAAGAAAAAUUGGUGCCGUAAGGCGCCAAACAGGCAGGAGAAGAAGAAAAUUACAAGGAAAAGGAAAAACAAAGCAAGGGAAAACAAGGAAGAAACUGUAGAGUGUGAUGUUGAGUUGGUAACAGAAACAAUUGUUGAGUGUGGAGAUGAUAUGACAUCUAAAUUGUCCUCAAACACAUUUGUUAUUGAAGAGUGUGUCAGUGGAGCAUUAACAUCCAUUCUAUAACUUCACUGUCGUAAACCAUUACAUAAGAUUGCUAAAUUGUUUUGUUUGUGAAAUAGGUCGGGGUUUGAAAAGAAUUCAUUUUCACAGUCCAAAAAAUAAAAACUAUAUUAGUUUGAUUUGCUCUUUCCUUUAUGCCACUUUACAGUAAAAUAAUAACAUGUCUUAGAGAAAAAGUUAAAAUUGGUCAAUAAGGGAAAUCCUGGCCUCCUUAAUAUGUAGGUAUUGUUAUGGUCAAUCACACAUUCUUAGUCAAAAAGGGAAAAGAGGCUACCCAAUGCAUAUAAAAUGGCAUGAAUUGAUUAUAAGGAAGGGUACAAUAAAAGGAGGUCUGCAGUAAGCCCUCUGCGAGAGUGUCCACAUUUAACUCUUCUCCUCCCAGUCUAUCUUGUGACUCGGAAGUCCUGCAGGUUCAUUGAAAGAACAGGCAAGAGCCUGGCCACCCUAGUAAUAGAGGAGGUUGUUGUUGGUGUUGUUGUUUUUGCAUGCAGUGAUUGGCCAAUGGUUGCCCUCAGUUAUACCAGUUAGUUAUAUCAAGCCUUGAUAGCCUCUAGGAAUUUCAGUACCUCAGGUAAUGAACGUUUUAAAUUUGUAGUCAGUGAUGAAAAAGUCAGCAGAAUUUAUUGUAAAGCUGCUGCAAAUUAUUGUUGUCUUGUUAAAUUGUUAAUGAACAUUUGUUUUCGGUGAAAUAAAUUUUCAAAGCAAACUCAACAUGUGCAUAAGUCUCCUAUGCAGACAUCUUUUUGGCUCAUAAUGCAUUUCUCCUCAGGGUGGAGCAGAUAUUUGUGUGAUGAGCCUAAACAGCAUCUGCAGAGGAGACUGACUUAACAUUAUUGGUCUAGGAUAUAGCCACACCCAUCCACAAAAGGUUUUUUGGUUCGAACGCCCCACCCAUCUGGAAAGUCCACUUUCAUUAGUUUUCUCUUACAAUUUUGCUUUGUGGCAGCAACAGCCUCCUUGAAAUUUCUAGUGACCUUCCAUGAGAGUGGGUAUGGAUAUUUUAAAAUUCUUCUGGAAUUGGGGCAUGGUAGUUUAAUCAUUUAAGUGCACCAGACUAUAAACAAGUGAAGUGUGUGGAUUCGAGGACUGCCAAAUUGGACCGAGUCAAUGUGUUGUACUCUUAAAAAACAAAUACUUUACUUUCAGAGUAUUUCUCUACUGGUGCUGGCGAAUUAAAUGCUGGGGUGUAACCCUGCUCUCAACUAGAAUAUCCAUCCAGGUUCAGGAGGAGUAGAAAUGUGUGAAGUGAAUCCUGAUUAAUCACUAUACUUAUAUACCUUUAGCCCAAAAACAGACCACACACAUCUGAGGGCAAUCUGCCAGGGAAAAAGAGUAGCUUCCUCUAAAAAACAUACCCAGAUCAAGACUAGAGUGCAAAAUCCAUACCCUAUUUCUGACCAAAACGGCUAAAAAAUCAUAACCUUUGGGUCCGCAAAUACCUAUACAACCCUUAUAUGGAAAGUGCCCCAGGACACAGCUUGCUAUUAGCCAGUGUUUAGAUUAGUAUCUUUCUUUGUUCGUAGCCUUCCCGGUCUCGAAAUUUUUUUUACACAACCCGAAUGUCCUGUUUUUCAAAGAGUAAACAAAAAUCUCUCAAGCAAAUGUAACGCAGACCUACCGUCGGAUUUAAGUUCAUCCUAAAUCUGACAACGUGACAAAACUAAUAAGCUGGGCGAAAUGAAUGGCAGUGAAGUAUUUUAAGCUUUAAGAAGCUUUCAUGAAGUGGAUGUUUUCCUUCAAAAAAAUUAAGCUUGACCUCUUCGCAAGCUUAAACUUAUAUUUUACCACACUUAUCCGGUCCGAAAGGGUGGUGAAAACUCAGAAUCAGAUAAAACCUUAAGCUUACGUUAACCCAGCUGAUACUCGCCUUCUCCAGUCUUAUUGUUCUUUUGUCCGCCAACGUUUCCCGUUCUUGGCUACUUUGUUGCCUGUUGUCGUGCCCUUCUUCGCUCUCUUUCUCGUUGUUUCUCGCUUCUCCUUUGCCCAUUUUUUCAGGUCCUCUCUUUCUCUUGUUCACGUUGUUCUUUGUUACUUCUCUGCCGUUUCUGUCGUGCCCUUUCUUGCUUUCGAUUUAGUCGAAAUCUUUCCUGGUUGUUCCUCGCUACGUCUUCAGACUCGGGCGUUCUUUCCCGUUGCGGUUUGCUUAACACUUUUAAACCCUGUCUCCUGGAACUUGAAUUUACUCUUGAUUGUCGACAUAACAAGAGAUAGAUAUAUAGAAUUAGAUUAUUUUUCUCGUGUUUUCAACUGCACACUAGCUGAAUAGAGGUUCAAGAGGCUCUACGUUUACAAGUCGUUUACUGUAUUUCCCACAGAGAAACGCGCCUUGCCACAGGCGUGCAUUAGGCAUUUCACUUAGUUUCCCUUCGUUUUCCAAGUCGCUUGGCUGUAAGAUUUCCCGUCAAAAAACGCGGCUAGCCACAGGCGUGCAUCUUUGGCGCUUUCCAUUAUGCCAAAGAUUCUGGAAACUUCGGUCAAAAUUUAAAUGGAGAGGUCCGUAAGGGUUUCUUCCGACCGGAAAAUUCGGGAUCACCUCUGAAGGUGGUCCACUUAUUUCGGUCGAAUAUUCCGACCGAAAUUCGCUGUUCCAUUUUUGACAAACCGGUUCUUUGCCCUAAUCAGGGAAUUCGGAAAAAGGAAAAAAUUGGCACCUAUUGAUUGGCCCGGUUUAAUAGGAAAAUGUCGUUCCAUUUUCCUCGGGUAUCCCCACUGAUCUCUGACCGGUCGGUUUGGCAUAAUGGCAAGCACCCCUUGUCACCCCUCUUCCCAUUUCAAUGGUGGAAAAAAUGGCGCGUUUAUUGUUAGAUUUGGAAGUUCAUCACUGAUUCAGGGGUAGGGGCCGUUUUAUUUCUUAUUUUACUCCGAUCAAGUUUGCAAUCUUGGACAAUUUAAAUGAAAAAUUAAGACCCCCCAUUUCAAUGAUGGAAAAGAAAAUGACGCGCUUUGGGGUUGUGUCCUGAUGGACCAGUACACCGAGAAAAUAACCAUUUUACUGCCUUUCUUUAGAAGCCUUUGUUUAGCUGUUGUAUGUUGUUGGGUCUUUUGUAGCGGUCCUUGUGUAUCGGUUUACGGGGGCAGAACCCGUUUAGCGCCAGUUCAUCAUUGAUUCUGAGGUAGGGAUGGUAUUAUUUCUUAUUUUAUUCUGACCAUGAUUGUAGCUUGCCACGGAGGUUAAUGUGGGGGAAUCUCAUUUAAAACAGCUUCAUUCCCUUGCAUCUUCAGCUAGUUGGACAUAACUGCUAGAGUCUUGCACAAAUCUGCCCACUCCCCGCCAAACAGUGUUGGUUUUCUACAGACCACAGCACCUCCACAGCAGUAACAAGCCAGGGGUUUCAAGUGACCUCUUCGAAGUGUCUUUAUCCAUGUUUUGUUGCUCAUUGUAGUUCCGAUCCAGUUUAAUAAUGACAAUGAGAAAAUAGCCUAUUAACAAUGACUACUCGAACCAGGCAACCUGGAAAAGAGUUAACCAAUCAGAACGUUACUUGAGAACAAAGGAUAGCGAUCUCUUUCUCAAAUAACCAAUAACAUUGAAGAAUACGAACGAUAGUCCAUGAAACCCAUCAAAGAGCAGAGUGUUGUGCACCUCUCAGGAAACUUUGCCAUUUAGCUUUUCAACGGUUAUAGUUUGUCGCAAAAUGAGUUUUCAAGCUAAAUUUUUCAAGCGAUAUUUAUAAGUGAUAAGUCGCCAUCAAGGACUGAAUCUCUAAGAGUGUAUAUAAACACAGAGGAGUCAAUAGUGUUCAUGUUUUCAUGUCAAACACACCGUUGACUGGUUAGUUUUUUCAAGGUGCCCCGGUUCGAGCAGUUGCACGGUAACAAUAUGAAUACUCCAAAUAAAAUUUAAUACACCAAAGCCGCUUUAUUUUUUUACAUAACAAUACUUUUGUCACAAUAGGAAAUCUCUUCUCCUGCAUUGCAUUUGCCUUCAACAAAACAAAACAAUUACAACGACAACAAAAACGAGAAGGAAACCUGGCAUUCCCAACAGUGGAAUCAGUUUACUUGUGUAUGACCAGUUAAUAACACACCACACUGAC